UUCUGUAUAAGAAUGGAUGUUAUUGGACAACCUAAAUAAAAAUAUGCAAAAUCAUAAACAUCCUAACCCUAUACAUUAUAUAGUAAUACCUAGCAAAUAAUAGUAUCAUACAUAGUGAUGAUAUAUUACCAGAAUAAACCAUAAACCAGAAUCGUAUCAACGGUCGACUGUUCCAACACGGCGUAGCCACUCUCAAUACGUACUCUAGUGACCGGAGACCGAAGUUUGCAGUGAAAUAUUGAAUAUCGUCGUUACAGUAGCUAGUUGUACAGUAUACAGUUAUACAAAAUAAUAUUAAAACAGUUAAAUUAUAAUAUUACUUGCACGCAAAUAAAUUAUAAAUAAACAUAAGCCUUAUAUUUUUAUUUUCUUACAAUUUAACGAAGAUUUAACUGUACCGCAAAAUGUUUUAUAAUCUCAGAACUAUGCGGUAAUAUAGAUACCUCCGUACCUGAUCACAUAAUGAUACGAACCAAAUAGAUAACCACUUUGAAUAUUGUCUCAAUUUUAUGAUAUUUUUGCAUUUAAUUCGUUUUUGAAAUACACAGUUGGCAAAAACUUUGCGCCAUAAAAAAAAUUCUCGACUAGUAAUCAGAGAAUCACGCUGUAGCUUCGCACGACAGUGCACGAUGCCGCAAGAUAUCAACUGUUGAGCCUCCUCUUAAACGCACGCAGGCCCAACACUGGCUCUGGUCUGAGUUUAAAUCCGAUUCGUGUCGAUAAUCUAUCGUGCAACACGUCGGUUAUGAUAUUAUAAUAUUGUUCAACUGUGUUUACAGGACUCUGAGGUGCACCAGGAUCGCUAUACACGUACACUUGUUCAUAUCGUUGGCGCUGAACAAUCUCACAUGGAUCAUUUGGUACAAAACGGUCGUACAAGACCUGUCGGUCGUCAAACAAAACGGGAUGUACUGCCGGUCCUUGCACGUGGCUCUGCAGUUCUUCAUGGUGGCCAACUACAUGUGGAUGUUCUGCGAGGGACUGCACUUGCACAUGGCUCUGGUUGUGGUGUUCGUCAACGACGUGAACGCGAUGCGCUGGUUCUACGCCAUCGGCUGGGGCGUACCUGUCGCGCUCACCGUCCUGUACGUGUCCUGGAGGAGCAAUUCCGAGGACACCGCACAGUGAGUGCACCGACAAAGUCCAUCGUUAUAAUUGCCGAACGCGACUAUGACGUUUCUCGAAUAAUUACCAUACCACACGAUUUAUUCGUAUAAUAUCAUGAACCCGCUAAAAUUGCGAACACGCGUGCAAUAUUUGGUCUGCUCCAUUCUGGCGGGCACUAGUGCAGCUGAAAUGACGUCAAUAAACCUCCUCGAUACCAUAGAAUCGCGGAUUAGAUCACCAUUUCCAUCGACAAAAACAAAAUACACAAUGUUAAUAAUAAUAUAAUAUUAUACAUGUGUCAGACAGUGCACUUACGGACACGAGCGAGUGUCUUUUCGUGGUAUUGGAAUACCAUACCCGGAACGUGCGGUCUAUAUCCUGUAAGACUUGCAUAACUAUGUUAAUUAAUAAUUCCGCUUCUAAAAUAUUCACGUGGUACAACACACGUGUCUCAAAAUUCCACGUAUACCUACGUCGCACGGAAACAAAAUUUCCAAAUAUUUACUUAAAUUUAUAGAGAACAAAUCUUUAUGUAUCGGGGUUUAAAAAGUCUUCCGAUCCCACCUCAAAACGAAUUCGGGCACAAAAUAUAGGUAACGUAGAUGAUUUAUCGUGGGCGGUAUGUUAUACUCGCACUAGGGUCUAGGAUUAGGAGGUAUCUCACGUCUUUAAAACGAAAGAGAUUGCCACGGAUUUAUAUAAUAAUAAUAAUAAUAUGAACAUAAUAUAAUAUAUCUAUGAACGCGAUCAGAAGAGUGUGUUAGUGGUUUCAAGUGGAAAAACAUUUAUUGCGCGAGUGUGUGUGUGAAUUAAAAAAUUAACAGAUGUCAGUAGUCAGUCGAUCUAUUAGUUGACACGAAUAAUAGUUCCCGUCUAGGUCAUCGUUGCGAAACUAACAUUACGACCAUACAUCGUGCGGAAUUGGUGUCUCCCUCUCAGGUAUAAGGAAUUUACUCGUAGAUAUCGUGUAGGUGUAACUAUUAUUUAUACAUACAUAAUAGCAGUUACUGUUUACUACACUUUCCUCCGCCCCUAACUAUUUACUCGGACGAAUCUCCUCCGACCACCAGAGCCAUUGUGCAUUAGUGACCAAAGUUUAAAGACAAAUUAAUAUGCACUAAAUAAUUGUGUUCGACACCUUUCAACUCUAAUCGGAUUGUCGUUUUUCGCGAUUUGAAAAAAAACAUCGAAUACCUAUGGAUUUUGAUAAAAUUACAAAUUUUUACACUUUCAUUCUAAAAUCAUAUAUAUAUAUAAUACUGCCCUUGUGUUAAAAAAAAUAACACCGACAAGAAUUAGAAGGCCAUCGAUUCACAACAAUAUAUUUAUGUCACGCAGACAUUUUCAAAGAUCACUCCCGACGUAAUCUCGAUCCACGAUAAAAUAAUAAUACAGUAUAUUCUACAAACAUAACCAAUAAAACAAACAACUUUUAAACGCGUCAUAAUAUUAUCGUAACAUGUUUAUGGGUUUUUAGGUUUUAUAAUAAACGGAGAGUGAGUGCUAAGUUCGUGAGUUUGUACGAGCCAUAUGGACUUACAAACAAUAAUUCAGUGCUAAUUACGUAAAUAAAUAAUAUAAACAGGGCUUAUGAAUUUAUACAUUUUUCUAAAAUAAUAAUCUGGCGACACACGAGCGAUGGAAGUGUUUUAAUGACCAUGUUCGUUUUAUUCACAUUGUAGGUACAUUAUCACUAAGUAUUUUACAACAUAUAUUAUACUUUCAACUUACCUACCUAAUGGCGAGAAAUAUCACAAUACUGUUUAAAUAUGUUAUAUAAUAUACAACAACAUGACUACCGUCGGUUGUAUCAAGUGUCACUCAGUGUCGGACAUUCCAAUAUUUCAUAAUAUAUUUAAAAAGAACAUAAUAAUAUUAUGCAUUAUAAUAGGAAAAAUAUAUUUGCAUAGAAGCAGUUAUGCAAAACGCGUACAUUAAAAAAACAGUAACAAUAUUAAACUUAUUUUGGCCACAAAAAAAUGAGUUGAGGUGAUUGAAAAAAAAAAUUUUAAAAAACAAUAAAACAUUUUGAGCGACAGUAAUACAAAUGUGGUUUCUAAUUCGUUCACGCGCUGGUUUCACCUAUACUGACUAAUGGCUACUUAUAUACUUAUAAAUUAUGACUAAAUCUAAUACUCCGAAGCGUUUCGAUGGCUGAUAAACGUGCAGGUACAAAUUACACGAUCAUGAUAUUGUGUUAAGACAUAUAAUAAUACACACGAUGAUUCACUAAGCACAUGCUCAUUUAAUUUUAUAACGACAAGAACUAACUUUUUAUUGAUAGUAUUUAUUAUAAUUUUAUAAUUUUUUUAUUAG